AUGGCAGACACUUUCUGUUCAUCCAUCCCUAUUCCAACAUUUAAUGGAGACAACUAUGACUUUUGGUCCAUCAAAAUGAAGACCCAUCUUUGUGCGCAAAAUUUAUGGGAUGUCGUCAAUGAUGGGUAUAUUAAUCCAGAUGACAUUUCCACUCUAUCUACCGCACAAAAGAAGGAACUUAAAGAGAAUCAACAAAAAGAUUCUCUAACUCCCCUUGCUCUACAAAUGAGCUUGGCAGACACUUAUUUUUCAAGAAUCAUGAGAGCCAAAAUGGUAAAAGAAACUUGGGAUAAAUUGAAGGAGGAGUUUUACGGGAGUUACAAGGUACGUACUUGCUGUCUUCAAACUUUAAGAAGGAAUUUUGAAAAUUUAAAAAUGAAAGAUUCUGAAAUCGCUAAAGAUUAUUAUUCAAAAAUAGAUAAAAUAGUAAAUCAAAUAAAAUCUUAUGAAGAUGAUGUUCCUCAAAAGAAAGUCGUUGGAAAAAUUUUAAUUACUUGCACAGAAAAAUAUGAUCCAAUUAUUGCAGCUAUUGAUGAGUCAAAAGAUAUAGAUAAGUUAACAGCUGGAGAAUUAAUGGGUUCACUAGAAGCAUAUUAA